AUGGACAUGGACCCUUCGGCAACGUUGUUGAGUCUCCUUCACAAAAAUCAAAAUUCACCUUCUGAAACAACCACGGCCGUUCAGAGAAGUCCUCCUACUUCAUCAUAUCCUUCUCAACCAACCCCUCCACCAAUUCAAAGUUCACCUAAUCCUAUGCAAAUUUUCAGCAUUACCGCACCUUAUCCUCAGCCAUUAGCUUAUAACCCAACCUUAUCUUCACAAUCGCAAAUGUCACCAAUUCCUUUAACUACUUUUUUCCAAUCCCUUACCCCAGGCUCGAUUACUUCACCCUCACAGUUAACCUCAAUAAGUGCUGGUAGUGUAACACCUCAGCCUCAACCAGGUUUAAUUUCUUUUGGUGGCGAAAACGAAGCGACUACACCUUCCGGAACGAGUGAUCCUACUUUAUUGAACAUUGACAAAGCUUCUACAGAAUCUCUUAAGUUAGCUUUAUUUGGUCGUCAGUCUUCAACAAGUUUGGAUGAAAGUCAACAGGAGAAUGAAAAUCAAUAUGAAGUGGAUACUUUAUUUCCUCAGGAUGAAAAUCCAUCAGAGGUAGAAGCAACUUAUAAUGAAGAGUCUGCCGAAGUUGAAAAAGAAUUACCUUCUGAGGCGGAGGUCGAUUACAAUAAAAUUUCGACGUUCGAAUCAAUAGGACCCACCACUUCAUCACCAUCAACAAACCAGUCUCCUCCAACGACGAAUAAAUCUAUGUUUACUUAUACCAAUCCUUUUGACAUUUUAAAGAAAUCACCGCCUCCUUCUCCUUCACAAUCAGUUAACACAAGCCAGUGGAAUGUACAGUCUACUUCGACAUCUCAAAAAAAACGAGAGCCUCGACAUACAGAACCAUUUCUUUCCGAAUUAUCUGCAUGGAAUAUACGUGCAAACUUAUCAGCCCAGGCAAUUUCAAGUGUCCCAGAUGGUGUUAAACUUCCGCGAGGGAUCCUUCUUUAUGAUACAGGCAAAAAAAAUGAAAAUGUCUUGUCCCGUAAGGAUCUAGAACUGACUACAAUAACCCUCGUUCCAAGUGAGUUGGAAUAUCGUGCUGGAAAAUCAAUUGCUGUUAAUGGAUUAUAUAUUUGCUAUGCUGUUAAAGGUGGAAAAAUACGAGUUAUAAGUACUUUAUAUGGUAGCAAAACGUUAUUGCGAAACCACGACAAGUAUAUUCUUGAUAUGUGUAUUCAAGACGUACUAUCUGAUGAAUUCAUAGAUGAUGAACUUGAAACGCAAUUGCUUCUUGCAGUUGGUAUUGAUAGUAAAAUUACAGUUUGGGAACUUUUCGAACCUCCGCCUGAACAAGAUGUUGAAAUCCCGUUCAAGAUUUUACUUGAAAUUAAUUCUAAUGAAUCACCUGAUGAAUUAAAGUCUCCACGAUAUCAUCGUGCUGUAUGGCAUCCAAAGAUUCGAAAUGUGUUUGCGGUAGCUACGGAUACUAAUGACGUGUUAAUUAUCGAUAUAAAUAAAAUUUUGGAGGGCGAAGAGGAAAGGAGUUUAAAAGAAUCUGAUAUAUCAGGAAAGAUUUUGAAGUCUCAAAUGCUUGAUAAGCCCAUCAAUGACCUUGCUUUCUCUCCCGAUGGAACGAUUUUGGCCACGGCAAGCGAUGACAGUGUCAUCUUUUGGGAACUUGAUUUCGAAAAUGAUGUUGGUAUAAAUCCGGUCAACAGAAUAAUUCUCGAUGGACAACAGGUAUCUUCAAUAUUAUUUAUUGAUGGAGGACAAUCUUCGCUUAAAUUCCGCUACGUGAUAUUGGGAACCGAAAGAAACACGAUUCUUCAUCUAUAUGAUGUUGAAUCAAGCGGAUACAUACAAUCCAUUAAUUUCUUACCACCACCAGAGCGGCGAGCCCCUUUAAGCAAAUCAUAUAGAAAAGAGGAGGCAAUGUUUAAUUGUGUUAGCUUUGAUCAAGAAUCUGGCACUCUGUUUAUAGCUAAUAGUGCAAGGAUAUCUAUAUUUGCAUUGCACUUACAUUUUCCACUGAAGAAAUCUGAACAGCUUGACCCUUAUAAUCAGGCUCUUUUCGGUGCUACUAGUCAAAAUCAUAUUGAAUAUGAAUCGAUGAGCUCGGGUGAUGUUCCAAACAGUUCAGAUGUCGUUCAAUUUGAUUAUAUGAUCGAAUUUCCAGUCUCCCAACUGAUUGGGAGCUUUGUCAUAGUUCCUGAUACGAAUUCUUCACAGGGCGUAUCAUUAUAUUGUAUUCAAUCUAAGGCUGUUCAGCAAUAUAAUAUUUCCAAAUAUUUGAUAUUGCCUCCAAAUUUUGAUGCUUGUCCAGAGUAUUUAUCUUCAAAUUCUGAAAUUGUUCAAUUGUCAACAGCAAAUGAUGCUAAUAUCGAAAAGGACAUUGUAAAAAGUACAACAACUAUCGAAAUUCCUAAUACCAGAGAUGAAUAUAGUUCAGAAACCACAGCUCUUGUCACCGAAUCUGAAGAUAUUGCACUAAGUGAAAAGUAUGCUGGACAAGAGCCUUCAACAAGUAAUACGAUAGAAUCCACAAUGAAUUCAGAUGAAAUUGAAAGUAAAAGUCAAGAAAAUCAGAAAAUAUCGAGUAUUAAAUUAUCUGGUCCAAUAGUAAAUGGUACUAUAGCAAAAUUAAAAGAAAAAAAAAAGGCUGCUCAUCCUCCUUCUUCAGUUCAGAAUAAUGAUUUAUCGUCUGAUUCAGAAAAGACUUCAAGGAGAAAAGAAUCACGUCGUGGUAUGGAAAGGGACAAGGAUAGUGGGAAUGAGAACGCAAAUUACACCCUCGAAACUACCAGCAAAGCUGCAGGUAAAAAGGCUGUGGAUGGUAUUUCAAAAAACAAUGGAAAAAUAGGUAGCGGAGCUGGAGAGAAAAGCAAAAAAGCGGAAUCACAAGAAGGUCAGUCUGCUAUACCGUCAGCCGGCAUUUCUCCUGCACAAAUGCAGACGAUCACGAAAGAAAUAAGAAAGAUGGAAGAUAAUGUUACUAAUAAACUUGGAAGGAUGUUUUCGAAAGAAUUAGAAAAGCAAUUUCAAAAAAUAGAGGAAGAACGUGUAGCACAUCAAGCCGCUGAAACUUCGCGUCAAGAGACUAUACUCAAAGUCGUUUCUCAAACUCUUAGUACAAAUACAUCCAAGUUGUUGGAGUCAACCAUUCGUAACGAAAUACAAAAUUCUGUCCUUCCUAACUUGAGCAAAAUGGUUACUAGUGCUGUUGAUAAACACGCUCAUAGAGGGAUGGUUGAUGCCGUAAAUAAAGCGGUUUCAGAUAACGUGCCACGCGUUCUUGCAAAAGCUCCAGUUAUCGAAUCAAUUGCUAAAGGAGUUUCCAAAUCCAUACGACCAGUUAUCGAAGAAACGUUCAGAGAAAAUUUUACUUCUGUGCUAAUCCCAUCAUAUCAAAAGGCUACUAAUGCUAUGUUUGAACAAAUUACCACCACUUUUGAGGCUGGAUUACAAGAUAUUGCACAUAAAAGUGCUCAAUCAGCUUCAUUUACUAAUUCUCAAAGUACUGAUCAGAAUGUUUUGGCACGUUUACAAGCGUCUAUUGAGCAUUUAACUUUAACUGUUCAGCAAUUACAAUUGCAAGCUAAUGUUAAUAAUGCAAAUGCUGGUGGUAAUAUAAGGCAGAUUUCCUUAACAAUCAACCAAACAUUGCAGCAUGAACGAGCACGUUCUCUUUCUGGAGAAUUAAAACGAAUUUUAAUUCCGCAAGGUGCAACUUCAACACCAGCACCUUCCAUGUCACACCAAGAGAUAUAUAAUUAUACACCUUCUGUGAGAGCUGCUGCUUCUCAACCUUUAUUAUCACAGCCGGUUAUACUUUCACUCAUCCAUCAUCUUUCUUUGGAGUUGAAUAAAUUCUCGGAAUUAAAACGAGCAUGGAUAGAAGAGGCUGUUAUUAAACUUAAUCCGAAGGACCAUAUAAUUAGGGAGCAUUGUGAAAGGAUUUUGCCGCUGGUAAAACAAAGACUUGAAGAGCAUUACUACCAGAUAGCUACACAAGACGCCCAAAGUCCUUGUUUGAAGAAUAUUGGACUUUUAAUUCAUGCUUUUAUUAAUAGUCAGAUAUUUGAUAUAAAUUUACCAUUAAGAUUAGAAUUUGAAGAAUUUGUAUCUCAAGAAAUUGCUGAGAGAAUAUUAUCAAGAUAUUUGGUUGGUACCAACAAGAGAAAGCUCAAAAAAUGUGGAAUAAUGGAAAAAGCUCAUGAUUUAAAUAAAUCUUAUAAAUAUUAUAUAAAAGCUAUACAAAAUACCUAUCCUCAAACUUUAGACAGAGUUUUAUCUGUUGCAGAAUUUAAAAAAGGGGUAGUUCAGGAUCUUGUAAAAGCAUUUGUUAAAGCAAACAUUCCUUUAGAAAAAAUAAAUGCACUCCAAUCUUUUUUUAAAAAAUAUUAUCAUGAAGGUGAUGCAAUUUCACAAACUGAUGCAUUGAG